AUGCAACAGGAGAAGAUGCUGAUCGUCCGCACGCACGCAGACGUCCUGAGCGACGUUCGGCGCCGGCGCCCGGUGCGCGACCUCAUCCACGAGCGCGUUGGCUUCUCCACGUCGACGAUUGGCAACGUCAUUGCGCAGUGGCGGCGGGACAAGGACCCGCCCGACCUUUGCGCCGGCCGCGCCAAUUCGCCGUGGCUGCCGCCCGAACUCACCAGCACACGCGCUUGGCAAUGA